UGAUUCUAUGAGCGUGGCACUACUGAUGCUGGGGAAGCUCCUGUGCUGCUUCUCUCAAGGCUGGCUCAUGUCUAGACCGUCUUCUCAGCAGUUUUUGUGCGUUUUUGUGAAUGGGGGCUUGCCAGGGAACAAAUCCUUGCUGCUUCUCCAUACACCCACUUUCAGCCCCAGUAGCCAGGCCUUGGUGAAACUGACCUUGGUAUUUCCUGAGUGACCAAGAAAGGCUUUUUGUGUGCUGUGCUCUCUCUUGCUUGCCGUAACUCCUGCCUAGCAUGGUGCCAGAUCAUAAAUGUGUCUGAAUCGUGUUCUUCUCUCCUCGCCUCUAUGGAUGGGACUGUCAGUGAAACAAACCAGAGCAUUUCCAUGCUUGCUGGAAGCAGAUAUCAUCUCUAUGUUGGCUUGGCUCUGGCACUAGGCUCCAGUGCUUUUAAUGGUUCUAGUUUCAUACUGAAGAAGAAAGGACUUCUGAAACUGGCAGACAGAGGAGUCCCCCGAGCUGGCCAAGGUGGAUAUUCUUAUUUGAAGGAAUGGCUUUGGUGGGCAGGACUGCUAUCAAUGGGAUUAGGAGAAGCUGCAAACUUUGCUGCCUAUGCCUUUGCACCUGCAACCUUAGUUACUCCCUUGGGUGCACUGAGUGUUCUCAUAAGUGCUAUAUUGUCAUCCUAUCUUUUAAAUGAGAAGCUGAAUAUUCAUGGAAAGCUGGGCUGUGUACUGAGCAUUUUGGGGUCAACAGUCAUGGUUAUCCAUGCCCCUGAGGAGGAGGAGGUCACCUCACUAGAUGAGAUGGAAAGAAAGCUGCAAGAUCCAGCAUUUGUUACAUUUGCUGUUCUACUAACAGUUGUUGCCCUUGUGCUGAUUUUUAUCGUGGCUCCAAAGAGAGGCCAGACAAAUAUUCUGAUCUACAUUUUAAUUUGCUCACUCAUUGGUGCCUUCUCUGUCUCAUCUGUGAAAGGCCUGGGCAUUGCCAUUAAGCAGAUGCUGGAGCAGAAGCCAGUUUAUCGACAUCCGUUGGUUUAUAUUUUGGUGGGCAUCUUAGUGCUCUCAGUCAGCACCCAGAUCAACUAUCUCAAUAAAGCAUUAGAUGUGUUCAAUACAUCUGUAGUGACACCUAUUUAUUAUGUGUGUUUCACCACAACGGUUGUGACAUGCUCCAUCAUCCUGUUCAAGGAGUGGAGUAGUAUGGACCUGGGUGAUAUCAUUGGAACCCUGAGUGGUUUCUGCACUAUCCUCACUGGCAUUUUUCUACUUCAUGCUUUCAAAAAUACUAACAUCACCUGGAGUCAGUUGAUGUCCACUGUUGCCAAAGAACCAUCAUUAGCACACCAAGAAUAUGAAACCUGUCACACCUUACUGGAGAGCAUGGAAGACCCUGCUUUGGCAUAUGAGGAGGACAAUGUUUUAUUCAGUCAAUGAAACUCUGAAGCGGUGCUCAUCAUCGAAGUAUCAUGAAUUGCAGACUCAGCUCAACUGUGUGUACCAGAAUGCUGCUCUGUUCUGCAGUCCUCUGGAAAACCAUCUGUAAAGCCAGUUAAGUGUGGGCUGCUCCUCUGUGUGCCCACUGUUGGUAGUAAUGAAUGCAAAUGUUCAAUAAUUAACAUGACAGAGACCUGAUGGUGAUUGUAUAUUAGGCAAUGAAAAACCUUGUCCUUUUUUUUUUUUGUGCAGCAUCUCCUAUUGGAGAUUUUUAGCAGAAAACGAUGGUCUUUGUAAGCUAUAUUUACAAAGUGCAAUUUUCCCAUCAUGAUAAGAGAUAAAUCUGUGCUGAAGUGACAAGUACUUUGUUACAGCCUUAAUAUUUCAGGCUUUAUUCAUAUUUUUGUACUUUAUUGGCAAGCAAAUUUGUAGAUGUUCUACAUGAAGAAUAUUCAUUGGAGAUACAAUGCGAAGAAAACACUGUUUAACCAUUUCAGCUUUGAUUAUACAAUUAUGCAAUAUUUUUUCACUUUUGAUCACUUACCAAUGAACCUUGAAAAGAU